AAUUCGGGUCUUUUGUUGGAUUUUCUGGGCUGUCAGCUUUCUCCGACAAGAAGACUCCUCUUCCCCUUCUUUAUUCUCCAUUGUUGUAAUUUGGGGGUUUGGAGUGACCAACCGUCUUCUAAGAUGCUUGAUCCGUGAUAUUGUGAAUUGGGGUUUACCUUUUUGUCAAGAUGAACCUGGAAAGUGACAACUUUACCAGGUGUGGGAGACAUCCAACUCAAUUUUUCACUGGUUUCUGUUCUUCUUGCUUGGUUGAGAGGUUAUCAAAUGUUGGCGCAGCCGAAGAGAGCCUGGAGGCACCUUGCAGCACACAGAGUGAAAUAGUUGAGGUCCUCGAUGUAAUUCCGGAUGUUAAGAGGAAGUCUGGUGAGAUCAGAGUAAGAAGGACUCUUCAAUACUUGUUUCAACUGGAUGAUGGUUUCAGUGUUGACAGCAACAAAGAUGUUGCAGCAGACGAGCAUGUGCCGUCGGCCUCAAGUGCAAUUGAAUGUGAAAUUAGUUCCUGUGGUGAAAACCGUUUCAAGGGUGAUAACAGCAAACUCAGCUCCUGUAAAGGAACUAAGGUGAUGGAAACUAAUGCUAAUACUGCUGAGGAGAUUAAGAUCAGUGCUCAUAUUGCCAAAGAGAUCAAUAACAUUGAAGACAAGAAGUUGAAGGACCAAGAUACGACAUUUUGGUUGAGUUCGAUGUUGGCGAAGAAAAGAUUUAUAUGGAGGACGAGGAGCAUUUCAAAGAAGGACAAACUGCAGGACGAUAAGUUGAGUAAUGCAUCUGAUGAUAUACAGUUGGAAAGCCCUCCUAAAUCACGAUAUUCUUGUGACUGGAGGGCAUGCCAUGAUUUAAACAAGAGUUCCUGGGAUCCUCCUAGACAUUCAUGGGAUGGUUCGAUGGUUAGCAGAGCGCUAGCAUGCUCAUUUGCCUGCCUUGAAGAACGAGAAAAUGAUCUAAGGACCAAAGGAAACUGUCCUGGUGAAAAAAUGUCCGAAAAUCCUGUUCAGGCUACAGAUGACAUUGACAGAGGCAAAGUUACUAAUGUGCCCAUGUCUGGUGAGAAACCUAUUUCAUCUGAUGGCAGCUUAGAGACACUUUUUGUAGAAAGGCUUUAUGAAGAGUCUCAACCAGGUAAAUCUGUGGCAAGAAUCAGAGGAAAAAAGUCACGUGGAUGGAGUAAGGUGUGGGACUGGAGUAUAACUAGCUCUUUCAAAGACUUCGUGAAAAAACAUGAUCACAGUCUGCAGAGAUCUGCAUCAGAGACUUGGCAAGGACGCAAGAAUAACAGUGUGGAAAGCAUGGAAAUUGAUGGUGCAUUACAAUUCAAUGGUAAUCGUCAUGGUUCUAUUGAAGGAAAUCAUUAUCUACACCGAAGUAUUAAUUUUGCUAAUGGUGAUUUGAGGAACCUGAAGCCUGAAUGGCAAAUGAGAAGUCAAUUCAAGUUUGGUCGAAGCCGAAGCGUUCAUUAUUCCUCCCCAGGGAACUUAGAUAAUGGACUUCUGCGCUUCUAUCUGACCCCUUUGAGAAGCAGCAGAAGAUGUACAAGUAGGGGUAGGACAAAAAGCUCGCACCAUAUUGGAAAAGGUGUUUUUGGGUUAUAUUAAGUGUCAUAUUACUGUCUCAAGUGUAUACUGUUUCGAGUUUGCAGUGAUGGCUUUAGACUUAAAGAUGUUAGCAAAUCACAGCUUUAGUCUUGCAGAUGGUUUUGCACCACAUUUUAUUUGUCUGGAUGGUAACCUGCUUAGAAGUGUUGUAUGGCAAUGAGUGUUUUUUACAAAUUUCGAGAUGGAGAAUGCAUUGGUGUUUGCAUAACUUGAUUGCAGCUUCACUGAGAAAGUGCAGUUAUACUAUCUCCCUUAUUUUUAGUUAAUACACAUUGGAUGAGCAGAAUGUUGACAGUACAUAAUUGUAGUCAUUAAUUUAUUGUUAAUAAAGGUGAGAUUGAUGUCAAA